AAAUACAAAUUAUUUAAAAACCAUAAAAUAUCCAAAUAUAAUCGUGAAUAUACGUAAUAAUUAUAUAUCCCGUAAAUCUCAUAAGAAAAUGCCGGAAAAUUGGCAGCGUGAUUUGUUUGUGUAGCUGGAGAGUGCAAUAAGUAACAGUAAGAAAUAACAGUAAGCAACGGAAGAAGCCAAGAUGACGCGCGAGGAAGAGGAAGAGGUGCGCUCUCUGCUCUCCCGCCACCAGGAGCGCAUAAUGCUGGAUCUGGGGAGUACCGAUCUGCUGGCGGUACUGGUCAAGAACUCGGUGCUCAGCCAGUCGGAAGAGGAUCUACUGCUGAAGCCCUACAGUGCAGUUACGCCCACGCCCUCGGCGGCCGCCUCUGCCACAGUGGAGCCUCCUGGCAGUGCACCCUCGCUCACCAAGCGAAAGCUAAGUGCCGUCGCCAGCAGUGGCAGUACGGCCAGCGGGGGCAGUGGGGGCAGCGGGGGCAGUGGAUCCUCCCGCUGCGCCAGCGUCAACGGAGACGCCAACUGCGACAGUCGCUCACUAACGCCCUCUGGCGGGGGACUAUGUUCCGGGCUAAACGACGCCGAAAUCCUGCGACUCCAGUGCUCCAAUCUCAUCGAGAUCAUCGCCAAGAACGGAUUCGAGAAGUUCAAGCAGUUCUGCUACGCCAUCGAGUGCGAGUGUCCGCAGCUCAUCGAGGAUCUAAUUAACGAUCGUCUCAAGACCGAUGCCGCCAAUUUGGAGGACAGUCCCGAUGUGGAAAAAAUCCAAAAGGAAAUCGAAACGAUCGAUUACAUUGACAAGGAAAAGGAAAACGAUCGCAAUCGUCGGGCUGUAAGCUAUGGCGGUGACGUCACCUCCUCCCCCCAUUCGGCCACCAUACCCCGUGCCGCCCCCCGUCGUGUGGCCUUGAUGAAGGACCCACCCCCACCGCCGCCACCCAAGCCGCAGCUGACAUCCAAAGCCGAUUCCAUAGCCCAUUUGGCCAGCAAAUAUCCGCAAUCCGAGUAUAAUCUCAUCCAGAAAAUCGACUCGAACAGCACACUCACUGCUCCGGCGCAAUAUCAGCCGCAGAAUUUCUAUGCGAAUACCGGAACGAUAUCCUCCACCAAUGGCUAUGGAUCGCUGUUGUGUCACGCCAGUUCGACGACCAGUCCGCUGGCGGUCCGGAAGCGGGACAAACUGCUCCAUCGGUUCAGCGAUGCCGCCACCCUGGGCAGGAAGUUGAAGAAAAAGAAGAACACGAAUCGCACCUGCAGAUCCAUGACCGAGGCCAUUGAGAUGCUGGCCGAUCCCGUCAUCGAGGAUGAGUUCUUUCUGGAAAUGCUAUCCAUUGGAAAAUGUGCUCGUGUCCCAUAG